AUGGCCACCCAGUCGGUGUUGAUGGCGAUAAAUGGGACCAAUAUCACGGGAGGUAUGGAGCCUCUGGAUUUGGAGGCUUUACUUAAUAAUAAGGAGGAAGAGACUAGAACGACUCUGAUGAUGAAAAAGAUCCCAAAAUAUUUCACCGUCUUUCAUUUGCAACAAGCAUUGGACGCCUGUUGCCCCUACGUCAAUGAUGAGCCCUCUUAUGACCUCCUUUACCUCCCCGCUGACGUUCAUGGUGUUGCCAACAGAGGAUUUGCCUUUGUGAAUCUGCGCUCGCCCCAGCAUCUGGUGGUCUUUGCGGCACAUGUUGCCAAUUUGACAUUUCCUGCUGGCCGUGCUGGUGGGGGAAAGGCUGGAGCUGGUAGUGCCUUCAAACGCUGCGAAGUGUACUUCGCCCGAAUCCAAGGACGUGAGGCUACUCUGGCGAAUCUUGAGCAGAGCAGUAGCAGUAACAAUGGUGUCACCUUCCACUCAAUGUUACAGUCCUUGGGCUCGAAGCCUCUUAUUAUCGGCUUCGGUGCUGCCCCUAUGCGUCGGCCUAAGGAGGCCCCUCGCCGACAUCCAUCUGUUGGUAUGGAAACUACGUCGACUGUGUGUUCGACCUGCUUCUACUUGAGGGACCCCUCUAGGGGGCUGGAAUGUGCUUGCAACAUGCCUCAGGGACCGCACGAUUUCCCCGUGGACUCGCCUGAAGACACUUCUCAAUUUCGUUCUGUGAUGGCAGAAGCUGAGGCUCCAGAGGCUCCCGGUGGUGACACGAAUGGUGACACGAAUGGUGACACGAACGACCAACUGCCUGAGUGCGCACAACAGUGA